AACGGACAAUACAAUCAAUCGGUUAUUUUGUUGGUUGUUAUCGGUCACAAUAAGGUUUUCUCUUAAGUUUAGCCAGCUAACUUGCUAAUAUUUGCAACAAUGGACAGGCAUCCCAUGCGAAGAGCACAAAUUACAUUCAAGAAAAGUGAACAAUGUAAAAACGAAGAUGACAGUGGGCCUCCACCUAGUAAGAAAAAUGCUAAUGAAAGCGAGUGCCCUGCAUCUUCAACAGAGAGGCAUCGAGGUGAUGGAGAACAGAAGAGACCAGUGGGUAGGCCUAAAGGCAGUGGACGUUCUGGAAAUAACGUUAGUGAAGAUGUUCAGGUCAGGCCUAAAGUUAUUUUCAAAGCUGAGAGUAAAUGGGGUGGUGAUGGAGCUCUAAUGCCCACAUGUUCAACACACCUCAAGGGAGCCAUUCAAGGUCGACCCGUUACAUUUGAAAAGGAAAGAGCAUCAUCAUCAGUCAGUAAACAGAGUAAAGCCACAUCUGAUCAUCCCACGACCUCUCAAGUGUUGGAGAUCAUCACACCUGCUCCAGGUCAGGCCAAGGUCAAAGUUGUCCAAGAACUGGCAACAACGUAUCGUCAAGGAUGUCCACCUGUGACUCCCACUAUAGACUUCUCCAAACCGAUCCAUGUUGUACAUGAAAAUGGGAUGACCUUCACAGUAUUGGAUGGUAAAGCCAUAACGCUCAGCAAAGUACCAUACCCAUCACCUGUUCAUGUGAAUGUUCAGCCACCCCCAGUAAAGGUGAAGACAAGAGGGAUGAAUCUCACCAUGCCACCAUCAGAAGCAGAAAAUCUGGAAGUACCACGGAGCGUAGACAGAAAUGGCUACAUCAAGAGGCCUAUGAAUGCGUUCAUGGUCUGGGCAAGAAUCCACAGGCCUGCCCUGUCCAAGGCCAACACAACAGCCAACAAUGCAGACAUCAGUGUGCAACUAGGAGUAGAGUGGACCAAGCUCACCGAGGAAGAGAAGAGGCCCUACUAUGAGGAAGCACGUAAACUCAAAGACAAGCACAGACAGGAGUUCCCUGGUUGGAUCUAUCAGCCCAGACCUGGAAAAAGAAAGGGCUACCCUUCUGUGAUGUCCUUUGCCCCCCAACCAUCCUCCUGCUCUGCAGGGACAAGUGGUCCUGGGGCUGAGUCUUAUCCCAUGACCAUGACGACUAUGGCCACCACUACCACCAGCUCCUGUGUUCCAUACACACGGGCCACAGGCUCUAAUGGUGUCCAGGUGACUACAACGGCAGCUCCAAACGCCUCUCAGAGUACCAGCCCAGUCUCCAUAUUCUUCCAGACUACUUCCAGCCCCCACCCAACAGCCACACCCUCUGGUGGUAAGCCUGCAGAACGCAAGCGUGAAGCCAGCCCCUUUGCCAGCAACCCUGAAGUAGCUCCCAAACCCAGGAAAAUCUGCAGGCAACAGGCGUACUACAGUUCUGCCAGUGAGAUGCCCUCAACAAGCAUGGCAUCCAGCUCCAGAGGUCUCCAAAUGCCACUCCCUAACAUGGCUCACCCUCACAUGUAUCCUCCAUCUCCCAUGCCACAUCCAGCGGGCCUCUUCCCCACCCCUCGCUUUCCCUUUGCGCCACCCUACUUCAUGCCUGGACCCAAUUUUUAUCCACCAGGAUCAUACCCUUACCCACACGGCCCAUACUCUUACCCAGUUCUCCAACCCCAGGAAUUCUCCAACCCCAUGGUUACUCCCAUGGUUACUCCGGGCUACCCCUAUGAUGACAACUACGAUCAGCAUGAGUCCACAUUUUCCCUUCUCAACAGAGACUACCCGUUUCUGCAGAGUGGAGAGUGCGGGCAGAGAUGUCAAGGUCAAGAGCAGGCCCCCACUGCCUCUGAGCUUCUAGGUUUGGUCCCACCACUGGACUUACGUGCCCUGGAGAACGUAUUCACCAACUCUGCGCCAGAUAACUCUGCCAGUGUCCAGGAGGUCCAAGUCACCAAUGAGGAGGACGAGGAAGAAGUGCCUGUGAUGAGAAUUCUCUAGGAUCAAACCAAAGUGACAUCCUUUAGCAAAAUCCCUGAUAGACAUCCUUUAGCAAAAUCCCUGAUAGACUAUUUGUUGAUUCAGUGAAUCAAAACUUUGUGUUGUACAUUAACUCCAAAAAAAGUUUAUCUAAAAAUAAAUGAAUUGUUACUGUUAUUCUGAAAUAAUUUAUUUUUAAAGAUGAGUAGUUUUAUGCGAUCGAUCUCUGCUCUGCUCAAAAUGAAAUGUCCAGUAUUUUAAAGUGUUUGAUAGGGCUUCUAUUUAUUUAUGCCUUUUUGUUCUACAAAUACCUGGUUUGUAAGGAGAAAAGGGUGCUUUGCUGGUUUUAUGCAGACUGAGACUCCAGCUGAUUUUUGUAUAGAAAUCCAAUAAAUUACCUCUGGCCAGACGUGA